AUGCAACUCGGACUCCAGGGAAAGGUCGCGCUGGUGACAGGCGGCACCAAGAGCAUCGGUCUCUCUAUUGUCAAGUCGUUCCUUGACGAGGGUGCCAUCGUGCACUUCUGCUCCCGAACCAAGCCGGACGUCGUCGCCACUGAGCAGUCCCUGUCUUCGUCCUACGGCCAGGGGAAAGCCCUCGGCCACACCGUGGACAUCACCAACUCCGAGCAGGUAUCCGAGUGGGUCAAGCAGUGCGCCAAGGUCAGCAGCCGCAUCGACGUCGUCGUGUCCAACGUCUCCGCCCUGGCCGUGGACGACAGCCGCGCGAACUGGGACUCGACGUACCAGACCGACAUCGUGGGCACCUACACCCUGAUCGACGCCGCGACCCCCCACCUCAAGGAGUCCAGGGGCAGCGUCGUCACCAUCUCCUCCGUCUCGGGCCGCUACAUCGACUUCACCGCGCCCUCGCCCUACGGCGCGUUCAAGGCCGCGCUGGUGCACUACACCUCGCAGCUGGCGCACAGGCUCGCGCCCUCGGGCGUCCGGGCCAACUCCAGGGAGAAGCCCGAGUUCUUCGCGCAGCAGGUCAAGGAGAACCCGAUGGGGAGGAUGGGAAAGCCUCAGGAGGUUGCGGACGCGGUCGUGUGGCUUGCGAGCGACAGGGCGAGCUUCGUGAGCGGCACCAACCUGCUGGUUGAUGGGGCUGUCUCCCCUGCCGUGCAAUUCUGA